AGAAGCGAUGCUGUAGGCGCAAACAAUGAGGGCCUGUGGCCUGUGACGUUUCGACCCUGACCGCCCCGCGGCAAGAUCCGAGGCAUCAACUUUCUGAGUCAGGUCACAUGAUCAAGAAUUCAACAAGACAAAGAUUUGAAUCUUGAACUUACUUACAGCAUUUACAUUUUGAUACAGAAAUUUAGCGGAGCGUCUAUAGAGGUUAUCAAAAGUCCCUUCUUGUUGUGUCGGGCGUAUUCCGGUGCAUGUGCGUUGGCUACGACUUCAAGCUCCAAACGUCAAACAUACCCCACCAUAGACAUCGGUGUACACAUAUACGACAUGGCUACAGCAAAGCUGGCGGAGUCGCAAUGGAUAGCGCAGCUAUCGACUAUGAGAGCGGCUUUGGCGGAUCUUAAACUGCCAACUUCUAAUCAGCCCUACAGCCUAGACUAUGAAGAGCUCUCAGACUCCCUCAACAGCGGAGAUGAUGUGUGGGACUUCAUCGACGACACAGAGGCAGACGAGUACAGCAGCGGCUUUGAAGAGGACGCGCUGCCGCCUGCCGUCGAAGACGGAGUUUAUGGACCAGAAUGGAUCCAGGCCAAAUGUUCGGCCUUUGCGGCAAGUAAAGGUGGACUCAGUGCAGAAACUCUGCAAGAGCAGAUCGUCUCGUUGCUUGUCUCAGAUAUAUCCGACGAAGAGCUGCAGUCAGCACUGACGGAUGUUAUUGGAUAUGACGAUUUUGAUUUCCUUAUCGAGUUAAUCUCGCAUCGCAAAGAGAUAGCAGCUGCCCCUCGAGUUGCUGACCAAACAGACGGGCUACUCAGUGGGAGGCUGCUUACGAGAAAGGAGAGAGACGCACAGCUGCGGAGAAAUGACUACGAGCACAAGCAUGCUACUCUCGGUCCCAAACUGGACAGAGAUGGGCCGCAAUAUCCUCACGUUUACAAGGCUCACUCUGCUGGAAAUACCCUGAGCUCGUCCGGCCACAAGUAUGGGUUGCCCAUGGGAAGUGAGAGGACGGAGCAUGAGCGAUAUGAAGAGUUCUCCAUCCCAGCCGGAAAGGUCGGGACGCUGGGACUUGGCCGGAAGCUGGUUCAGAUCUCAGAAAUGGACCAGCUGUGCAAGGGAACGUUUAAGGGAUACAAAACGCUCAAUAGGAUGCAAAGUCUGGUGUAUCCCGUUGCAUACAAGACAAACGAGAACAUGCUUAUAUGCGCGCCCACCGGUGCUGGUAAGACCGACGCAGCCAUGCUCACCAUAUUACAUGCAAUCGGCCAGAACACCACGCCCAAUCCAGCAGAGUCCCCAGAUGCACAAGAUUUUACCGUCGCCACGGCGGACUUCAAAAUCGUGUACGUCGCCCCAAUGAAGGCUUUGGCAGCGGAAAUUACCCAGAAACUCGGCUCGCGCCUUGCAUGGUUGGGAAUUCAAGUCAGGGAAUUUACGGGUGAUAUGCACUUGACGAAGCAGGAGAUCGUCCAUACCCAAAUCAUUGUCACCACACCUGAAAAGUGGGAUGUCGUGACAAGGAAAGGCUCGGGCGAUACUGAGCUAGUCCAAAAGGUACGCCUGUUGAUUAUUGAUGAAGUUCAUAUGCUGCACGACGAACGUGGAGCUGUUAUCGAAUCUCUUGUGGCACGUACGGCGCGACAGGUGGAAAGCACACAGUCACUUAUUCGGAUGGUUGGUCUUUCUGCAACGCUACCCAACUAUGUUGACGUAGCGGACUUUCUCAAAGUCAAUCGAUAUGCUGGCCUCUUUUAUUUUGAUGCCUCCUUUCGUCCAGUCCCCCUAGAGCAGCAUUUCAUUGGUGUCAAGGGCAAGGCCGGAACAAAAAAGUCUCGAGAUAACAUUGACGAGACCUGCUUUGAAAAGGUCAAGGAUAUGUUGGAACUCGGCCAUCAGGUCAUGGUUUUCGUCCACACUCGAAAAGAUACAUUCAACACAUCAAAGAUGCUCUUCGAAAAGGCCACCGAUGAUGGCUGUGCGGAUCUUUUUGAUCCCAGAGAGCAUCCUCAGUAUGAAGCUGCCACGAGGGAAAUGAAAACUUCGAAGGGGAGGGAACUGAGAGAGCUUCUCCCCAAAGGCAUGGGAAUCCAUCAUGCUGGUAUGCAGAGAUCAGAUCGUAACCUUACUGAGCGGCUGUUCUCACAGGGAGUCAUGAAAGUGCUCUGCUGUACGGCUACGCUUGCGUGGGGUGUUAAUCUUCCAGCCGCUGCAGUAGUCAUCAAGGGAACCCAGAUCUACAGCGCCCAAGAGGGCAAAUUUGUAGACUUGGGAAUUCUGGACGUUCUCCAAAUCUUUGGUCGUGCAGGACGACCGCAAUUUCAAGACACGGGUAUCGGUAUGAUCUGUACCAGCCAUGACAAGUUACAUCACUAUCUGAGUGCUGUUACUCAGCAACAACCCAUCGAAUCCAGGUUCAGUGCCAAGAUGGUCGACAAUCUAAAUGCCGAAAUCGCCCUGGGGACGGUGACGUCGGUUCCAGAAGCCGUGCAGUGGUUGGGAUACUCGUAUCUCUUCCAGCGCAUGAAGAUAGCCCCAAUGACCUAUGGUAUAGACUGGGCUGAGAUCAGAGAUGAUCCGACGUUGGUUCAACGCAGGCGUCAGCUCAUUAUCAACGCAGCUCGGACUCUCCACCAGAGCCAGAUGAUUAUCUUCAAUGAGGUAACCGAGGAACUGAAGAGUAAGGAUGUCGGACGCAUUGCGAGCGAGUUCUACCUUUUACAUACCAGUGUUCAGAUCUUCAACACGAUGAUGGCGCCCCUUGCAUCCGAGGCCGAUGUUUUGAAGAUGAUUAGUAUGUGCGGCGAAUUUGAUAACAUUCAGUCUCGUGACAGUGAGUCCGAUGAACUGGUGCGACUACGAGACGAGUUUGCCCCUUGCGAUGUUGGAGGUGGCAUCGAUUCUCCGCAGACCAAGACUAACAUUCUCCUUCAAUCCCAUGUCUCACGCGCGCGGAUUGAAGAUUUCGCCUUGUCCAGCGACACAUUCUACAUUGCACAGCAGGCGGCGCGAGUGUGCAAAGCCUUGUUCAAAAUCGCCUUGAAUAGGAAAUGGGGUUACCAGUGUCUAGUUAUACUCUCUCUAUGCAAGUCUAUAGACAAACGGAUCUGGCCAUUCCAGCACCCCCUUCAUCAGUUCGAGCUUCCUCUACCCGUCUUGAGGCAGCUCGAUGAUAAGGGUGCCUCGACUUCCAUAGAGGCUUUACGGGACAUGGAGUCUGCCGAAAUCGGCUCGUUGGUGCACAACCAUGGUGCCGGAAGCAAGAUUGCUCGCAUUCUUGAAAACUUCCCCACGAUAAGUGUAGAGUGCGAAAUAGCGCCUCUCAACAGAGACGUCUUGAGAAUCCAUCUCACUCUGACACCUGACUUCCGCUGGAAUGACCGCCAUAAUGGGUCUUCAGAACCAUAUUAUAUUUGGGUUGAGAACUCUGAAACGUCUGAGAUAUACCACAACGAGUUCUUCAUACUGAACAGGAGGAAAAUGCACGAGGAGCACUAUCUCGACUUCACCAUCCCUCUUCAGGACCCUCUCCCGUCUCAAAUAUAUGUCCGAGCUGUGUCUGACAGGUGGUUGGGAGUCGAAACAGUCACACCCGUUUCCUUCCAGCACCUGAUUCGGCCAGAAACCGAAAGCAAGUACACCGAUCUGCUAUCCCUACAACCUCUGCCUGUAACAGCACUCAAGAACCCCAUGUUGGAAGAGAUAUAUAGCAAGCGCUUCCAAUUCUUCAACCCUAUGCAGACUCAGCUCUUCCACUGCCUGUAUCACACGUCAACAAACGUUUUACUGGGUUCUCCUACUGGUAGUGGAAAGACUGUUGCUUGCGAGUUGGCAGUCUGGCAGUCCCUACGAGACAAUCCUGGGUCAAAAGUCGUGUAUAUUGCACCUAUGAAGGCUCUCGUUCGAGAGCGUGUCAAGGAUUGGCAUCCUCGCCUUACAGGGCCUCUCGGCUUGAAACUUGUCGAGUUAACUGGUGACAAUACUCCUGAUACACGUACAAUUCGCGACGCAGAUCUCAUCAUUACGACGCCUGAGAAGUGGGAUGGUAUAUCUCGUAGUUGGCAGACAAGAGGCUACGUUCGACAAGUAAGCUUGGUGAUUAUUGAUGAAAUCCAUCUUCUCGGUGGUGAUCGUGGUCCUAUUCUCGAAAUCAUUGUUUCUCGAAUGAACUACAUUGCUUCGCAGUCUAAGAGCACGGUUCGACUGAUGGGUAUGUCGACUGCUUGUGCGAACGCUAUGGAUCUUGGAAACUGGCUCGGAGUCAAGGAAGGUUUGUUUAAUUUCAGGCAUUCCGUCCGACCUGUACCCCUUGAGAUAUUCAUCGACGGCUUUCCUGAAGUACGCGGCUUCUGCCCGUUGAUGCAAACGAUGAAUCGGCCAACAUUCCUCGCCAUCAAGACUCAUUCUCCGGACAAGCCCGUUAUUGUCUUCGUCGCAUCUCGCCGACAGACUCGACUUACAGCAAAGGACCUCAUCAACUUCUGCGGCAUGGAAGACAACCCGAGGCGUUUCCUCAAAAUGUCUGAAGACGAUUUGCAACUUAACCUCGCGAGAGUCAAGGAUGAUACACUGAAGGAAUCGCUCAGCUUUGGCAUCGGGCUGCAUCAUGCUGGUCUGGUUGAAUCUGAUCGGUCUCUGUCGGAGGAGCUCUUCGCCAACAAUAAAAUCCAAAUCCUGAUCGCUACCAGCACCCUCGCUUGGGGUGUCAAUCUUCCCGCCCAUCUCGUCGUAGUGAAGGGGACUCAGUUCUUCGACGCAAAGAUUGAAGGAUACAAGGACAUGGAUUUGACGGAUGUCUUGCAAAUGCUUGGUAGAGCAGGUCGGCCGCAAUUCGAUACGACCGGUAUUGCCCGCAUCUUUACACAGGAUUCGAAGAAGGAUUUCUACAAGCACUUCCUGCACACGGGCUUCCCAGUAGAAUCAACGCUCCACAAGGUCCUCGACAACCAUUUGGGUGCCGAGGUCUCGGCCGGAACCAUCGCUACUGUCCAAGACGCUUUGGACUACCUCACGUGGACAUUCUUCUUCCGCCGUCUGCACAAGAACCCGUCUUAUUAUGGUCUUGAGCUGUCUGCUGAAGAUCACAACACUACCACAGCACAACAAAUGGCAAAUGACUAUAUGAUCCAGAUGGUUGAUAGCUCCCUAGCAGAGCUUGCGGAGUCACAGUGUUUGGAGCUUUAUCCCAACGGAAACGUCGACCCAACGCCCCUGGGAAAGAUCAUGUCAUACUACUAUCUCUCCCACCACACCAUCCGUCAUCUCGUCAAGCAUGCCAAACGUGGCGCUACAUUCGAAGAUGUUCUAUUCUGGAUGUCGUCUGCCACCGAAUAUGACGAAUUGCCAGUCCGUCACAAUGAAGACCUCAUCAACGGAGAGUUAGCAAAGAAUCUCCCCAUAGAUGCCAAGUCAUUCGGCAACCUGCCUCUUUGGGACCCGCAUGUCAAGUCAUUCUUGCUCCUCCAGUCUCACAUGAGCCGGAUCGAGUUGCCGUUAUCGGAUUACAUUGGAGAUUCAAACAGUGUUCUCGACCAGUCCAUCCGUAUUAUGCAGGCCAGCAUCGAUACCCUUGUUGAGAUGGGCUACCUCUCCAGCACGCUUCAGAUGAUGACACUACUUCAGUGUAUUAAAUCUGCUCGUUGGCCCACAGACAAUCCCCUGAGCAUCCUUCCAGGAGUGGAUAUUGGUGGGAUCCCCCCCAAAUCCCAAAAGUCGAAAGCGCUACCUUCGUCGCUGAUGGAGUUGAGCCGUUUGCCGCCCGCUGGCAUCGAAAGCCUAUCCCAGAUGGUUGCCGACAACCAUGCGACCCGAUCUGCAUUUAUUAAGGCGGCUUCGAUCCUGCCUAACGUAGAUGUCAAGGUGUCUGACAUCACAGCUCUUGGCUUAACUGUCGUGUUAUCGCGCCAGAACCCCAUAGUCAACCGCGAUGGCCGCGUUUACACUCCACUCUUCCCCAAGCCACAGACAGAGGGUUGGUUCGUUGUCCUUGCCGACAGCGGCGCUGAUGAGGUACUUGCGGUUAAGCGUGUUGGGUGGAGUGUAGGGAGAAAUGCCAAUGGCAAAAAUACCGUUUCUGUGGGAAGCAGACCCGUGGCCAGGGCAUCCAUGAAGUUACCAGGCGGAGAUUUGAGGGCGAGGAAGAUCGACGUCUUUGUUGUGAGCGAUGCAUACUUGGGAAUGACUUAUGAGAAGAGGGGCAUCGAGAUACCGGGGCCCCCUACGGUGGUAGAUGACGUAAAGAAGGAAAAAUCAUAGGUAUAAAAGUUCAUAUGGGGACAUGUAUGUGUGGAUGGGGUACGUACUACACGAUAUAUUUUAGGUUUGAUACGCAGAUAGAAUCUGUGUCACAUAUUUGCAUUUGCAUCUCACUAGAACAUAUAGAAAUAUCACGAAGCAUGAAAUCAAAUCAAAG